GGCUUGGUUGCAGGCGUUCUAUUGAGCCUGACGAAGGUAAACAGAAAAAAGAAAGGCGGUUUUGAAGCUUUUAGUAUCCAGGAGGGCUGAAGACGGCUGCUGAAGCUUCUGUUAAAUCUUGGAGACCAUUAAGGUUUCCAAGAGCGAGAACAAAAUGUGACGAAAGUGCUUUUCUCAAGUCGGAAAAGCCAAUGGAUUCCUGCAAUCCUGUGGUGCGCACGCGCCGAAAGGCCCACAGCCAAGAGCUCACGCGGGCUUCUUGCUGGCCUUUAAGAUCAGGUUUGGUGAGCUGGGACACUCCCAUAAGGAGAAUAAUUUUUCAUCUAUUUCAUGUCUGCUUUUCGCCCCUGCUAGCGUGAUCGCCGUAUUCGGAACAGACACACCUUUCCGGUUUUUGCCUUCUGCAGCCAAGGCUUCCGCCCGGGUCCAAGAUGGCGUCCGGGCGUCCUUCUUAACUUCCACCUGCCUUGGUGGCGUCUGACGUCGGAGCUGGUAGUGGGUGGAGCGGUUAACAACCCGCAAAUGUAGGGUCCUCUGAGCGGGAGUCAGCCAUGGACUGGAAAGACGUGCUCCGCAGGCGCCUGGCGUCGCCCAACAAGGAUCCGAAGAGGAAAAAAAGUGAACAAGAAUUAAAAGAUGAAGAAAUGGAUUUAUUUACCAAGUACUACUCAGAAUGGAAAGGAGGUAGAAAAAACACAAAUGAAUUCUAUAAGACCAUUCCUCGGUUUUAUUAUAGGUUGCCCGCGGAAGAUGAAGUCUUACUUCAGAAGUUAAGAGAGGAAUCUAGAGCUGUCUUUCUACAGAGGAAAAGCAGAGAACUCUUAGAUAAUGAAGAAUUACAGAACUUAUGGUUUUUGCUGGAUAAACACCAGAUACCACCUAUGAUUGGAGAGGAAGCAAUGAUCAAUUAUGAAAAUUUUUUGAAGGUUGGAGAAAAGGCUGGACCAAAGUGCAAGCAAUUUUUUACUGCAAAAGUCUUUGCCAAACUCCUUCAUACAGAUUCAUAUGGAAGAAUUUCCAUCAUGCAGUUCUUUAACUACGUCAUGCGAAAAGUUUGGCUGCAUCAGACAAGAAUAGGACUCAGUUUAUAUGAUGUUGCUGGACAAGGGUACCUUCGGGAAUCAGACUUAGAAAACUACAUACUGGAACUUAUCCCUACUUUGCCACAAUUAGAUGGGCUGGAAAAAUCCUUUUAUUCUUUUUAUGUUUGCACAGCAGUUAGGAAGUUCUUCUUCUUUUUGGACCCUCUAAGAACAGGGAAGAUCAAAAUUCAAGAUAUUUUAGCAUGCAGCUUCCUAGAUGAUUUACUGGAGCUAAGGGAUGAAGAACUGUCCAAAGAGAGUCAAGAAACAAAUUGGUUUUCUGCUCCUUCCGCCCUGAGGGUCUAUGGUCAGUAUUUGAAUCUUGAUAAAGAUCACAAUGGCAUGCUCAGUAAAGAAGAACUCUCCCGUUACGGAACAGCAACCAUGACCAAUGUCUUCUUAGACCGUGUUUUCCAGGAGUGUCUCACUUACGAUGGAGAAAUGGACUAUAAGACCUACCUGGACUUUGUUCUUGCCUUAGAGAACAGAAAAGAGCCUGCCGCCCUGCAAUACAUGUUCAAACUGCUGGACAUCGAGAACAAGGGGUAUCUCAACGUCUUCUCCCUCAAUUAUUUCUUCAGGGCCAUACAAGAACUAAUGAAAAUCCAUGGACAGGAUCCUGUUUCAUUUCAAGAUGUCAAGGAUGAAAUCUUUGACAUGGUAAAACCACAGGAUCCUCUGAAAAUCUCACUUCAGGAUUUAAUCAACAGUAAUCAGGGAGACACAGUCACCACCAUUCUAAUUGAUCUGAAUGGCUUCUGGACUUACGAGAACAGAGAAGCCCUGGUCGCAAAUGACAGUGAGAACUCUUCGGAUCUCGAUGACACGUGAGCGCUGCAAGACUAGACCACCUUCCUAAAGAUGCCUGAAUGCUGCAUGCAAAACCUCUGCCGCAGAACCCUUAGAACAUCCUAAAUAAAACUCAUCACAUGCCUGUACGACACAGCAACAGCUUGCUUGCUAGAGUUUUGGUUGCGGUGGGAACCAUUUCAAAGUAAUAGGACCAACUGCUUUUUUCUAAUGAAGUGGUGAGUUCUAGUUCCAUUUAGCUCAGGAAGAGGAAGAUUUGCUGUAGGUAGUUGAGUUUAUGGACUAUUUCUGGUGUUCAUAUAGGAUUAUAGUGUUUGUUCUUCAUGAAUACCAAGGACAUUAGCCUUUUCCAUUAGAGUAUCAGAGUAAACCCCUGCAUUUCUGGAUUCAAAAGCUUUAGAUGUGAUUUUUAGACAUGGUCUCACUAUGUAGCCCUGACUGGCCUGGAAUUCGCUAUGUGGACUAGAUUGAUUGGCCUUGAACCCUGAACUCAGAGAGAUCCAUCAUCUCUACCUCCCAAGUGCUGAGUUUAAAGGUGAGUGCCUCCAUGCCAUUUUUACGAUUUCAUUUAUGUCCUGUGUGUAAACACCAGAGCACACAUGGAGGUCAGUGGAUUGGAGUCAAUUCUCCUUCCCGGAGCUCAAAGUCAGGGUGUCAAGCUCGCCUGCAGCCAUUGGACCCACUGUCAUCCCCCUCUCCCCCCAGUUCUUUUUUGUUAAGAUGGUGCUUCAAAAAAAAAGGAUUCAAGCAAAUAUUUUGUUUUCAUUAAAAUCACAAGUAUGAAAUUUUGUCUAAUUUUAUUAACCAUUAUCAAGUUACAUUUACAACACUGUACCUUUUGUUAAAGGUUUUUGUUAGAGAAUUACUAACUCCUUAUACUAACUCAUGUGUUUAUGGGUUUUUUUGUUGUUGAAAUAUAAGGGUCUUGAUCUGUAGUCUCGGCCAGCCUCCAACUCAUGACCCUCCCUCAGCCUCCCUAGUGCUGGGAGUACAGACAUGCACCACCACACCUGCCUUGUGGUCAGUUUUUAGGGGGAUGAGAAGAAAGUAGAACGUCGCAGACUGUGAUGCAGAGGGGAAAAUAAUUCUACUAGAGGUGAGAGAGGCCUAAAAGAAAACAAACCAUUUACCCCAUUUAUGAUCAUUUUAUAGCUUGCAUAAACCAAAGUAUACAAAUAUAAGGCCCGGUGAAUAAAUAACUCAGCAUUACAAACCAGCCGCUCCCAACAAGCAGGCAGUAAACUCAGCAACCUCAAGGCUUUGCAGGUCCCCCCCCUUCUACUGUAAUCAGAGGCUGUGUCGUAAACUCUGAGGUGCAGCAUGUCAGGAGAGGUGCCUUAGACCACCUGCCUUCACCUCCUAACAAGUUAGGGUCUGAGGUGGUAGCUCCGUCUCCAAGUUUGUUUAAAAACAAGCCAUGAGGCAGAGGUCAGGCCAGCAUGUUUCAGCAACUGUCAACUAAGACUGGUUUUUAGGAAACUGACUGAUAGUGUCACUAACUACACAGUCUAAAGAUAAACCUCUAAGAACUAAGUCACAUCGUUUGCACCCAGGAAGGGAGCUAGCUCACCAGCUCACGACUCCAAGGAAGACACCAUACUUGUUGUGCUUUACAAAUUUCAGUCCAACUGAAACUGACUCAAACUUUGAAUAUUCAGUUAAAAACCCAGCUUUCAGUUGAACUUACUGAGAGGUCCACUGGCAAGUCUCUACAAUCAUGCUCACCUAUCCAUGUUUGAAAUGUACACGUUGAAGACAGAAAACGUCAUGCUUCUUAGAAAGCCAGUUUAUAAAUGUUAAUUUCUAAAAGCUAUGAGAAGGCUUUUAAAAGAUCAGCAUCUAAAACAUUGUCCACAUCUGUAUAAAUCAGUUACACAUAUAAAAGGUUCUGAACACGUAUGUAGGAAUAUUCCUCAAAAAUUAGCUUCAUAUUACACAACUUUGUAAAGGGACCUAGUAAGGAGGGAGGGCCAAACCUGGUUCACGUCAACUGUCCGACUUGUCACCGUGACUUCCAAACGGUGAACAAAAGUAGACUGUUAGCAGUUCAUCCCCAGCUAGCCUUCCUGAUGCAGAGGGCUGAGUGUGACAUGUCCAAGGUGCCAGCCACGUGGGUAGUCACAGGGACCAACACCUGACAGAACUACAAACUCACUCGGUAACUAGUGUUCCUUUGUGACCAGAGCAAGUUAUUAACUACUGAAAAACACAGGAGUGGCUUGUGGUGAAAAUGAAAACCCAUCUUAAGAUUCCGAGUAGUACAUCCAACACUUUCCAUAACAUAGUCUCAACGAAGGAAAUCCACAGUGCCUCCAUCUUGCUCCCUUUACUGCACACUCUGAACCAUCCUAGUGUGAAACUAAUGGGCAGGUGUGUUAAAUGCAAGGCAGGCAUUGCAUGAGGCAAAGUAGGGUACUUCAGUCUGAGGCUGUUAGGAUUGUUAGCUCCAAAGACGGUUAGUCAAUACUUACACCUUUCUUCUCUUUUUAAACAAAUGCCCCAAAACCAAAAAUCUCAAGGAACAAAUUAACUCCCCUUUUAAUGUGGAACACCUUUAUUGUUUUGGU